AUGGUGUGUGAUACGGUUGUUUAUCACCCGUCGGUGUCGAGACUGAUCAGGUUUUUGGAUUCUACUGCUGGUCGGGAGAAAGUCUUACGUUUGUUGCAGUACCUUUCACGGUUUCUAGCGUUUCAGCAGUCUUCUGUGCUGGCCAAGUAUUUACAGGGUCAAUUUACAGUAGUGAGAAAGAUCUUGCGGUUCUUAAAACCGCUAAAUCAUUUACAAGCUGCUUCGAAAUUUUACGAUAAUAAAUUGUCCGGGGAUGCUCUCGUCAGGUUGUGCAAUGUCAUCAAGAAUUUAGCUUAUGCAGGUUAUUUGACCUUCGAUCAGGUCAAUUUGUUGCGUAUGUUACGUGUGGUGCCAGUGACUGAUUUCACAGGGAAGAAAGCUCCAUUAUGGAGCAAUUGGUGUUGGUUUUUCGGUCUUUUGAGUGGUUUAGUGAUGGACUUGCGUAAGAUCCAGCUUUCCCAGACGAAAAUUGUUGCGCUGGUCUCUGAGGAGGGCAAGGGUGAGAAGUUUGAACAAGAUAAAUUACUUGCCAAGUCCUAUGAAGAAAGAUCGACAGCUACUAGAAGAUUGUUAUGGGAUUCAAUUGAUUCUUUCAUUGUUUUGAACAAUUUGAACUUCCUACACAACCAGGAGGGCUACAUUGCACUGGCAGGUGUAGCUACGUCGUUACUGGGAUUACAGGACCUGUGGAAAGCAGCUUAG